AACAACCUCAACGUGACAAAUGCAUGACCUUUGCGUGACAAUGUUUUGAUUGCGAAAUAACAUACAAUUUUUGCGAAUUCAAAACUGCGAAAUGCUGAGAAGUCAUCUCACCAAUUUUCCAUUUUCAAAAUUCGUGAUAAUUCAAGAUACUCUACAAGAAAGAGGCAAACCAAUCUUCGAUUUUGUUCUGAAAACUCAUUUAGAACGGUCCAGGCACAAGAUCCAUUACUUUGUAUUCCAUGAAAACUUCAGUCAAGUUAAAUCCAAUAUUGGUAAUGAAAAUGAUGUUAUUCUUCAUGAUUUUGUGACAGACUCUAAAGGAUGGAACUAUGCUAGAUGGGGCUCUGAUGGAUGGGACAGUGUAAACACUCCUAAAGUAUUUGAAGAAGUUGUGAAAAAUGUGAAUGAGAAAGAUGUAGUUUUUGUGGACUCUUUAGCACAUGUCAUCUACCUGUAUGGUCUAGCAGAAACAUACAGACUGUUCAGUUAUUUAAAAGUGGAAACUGGAGUUGCACAAAUAAUAACAGUGCUACAUCUAGAUCUUCUUAUGGAAGAUGUCAAGGCAGAAAAAUUGUUUGAACACUUGUGCACCUUCAGCUUACAUUUGGAUCCAAAAUUCAAUUCUGAUAAUGGACGUAUCCAGUAUGUCUUCAAGAAACUAGGAGGAAAAAUCAUCAAGGAGAUAGAGGAAUACUGGUUUGAAGAUGGUAUACUGUUUUCAAAGAAAAUUGAGAGACUGGAUCCAAAAAAGCUGCUGGAGAAAUCAACUCCAGUAGAUGUCAAUCCAGAGACUUUAUCUACUUUUAAGAUUGCCUUGAGUGAUAAAGAUAAGGCAUCAAGGGACAGUCUUGUUUUGCCUUAUUUGCCCAACAGUGAACAAACAGAUUCUCAAGAUGGUGGACGGAUUUUCUAUCAGUUUGAUGAGAUUGAUGAUUGGGAUGAAGAAGAUCCAGACGAUGACUUGGAUAUUUAGAGAAUGGUUAAGAAACAUAACCAUGCAACUUAAUGUGUUCAUCAGAGUUCAGUUUAUAUGUAAGCUUUAACCUAAUUAUUAUAUUAUGAUAUACUUAUACAAUAAUUAACAUCACACUUUGGGCAGUUUUCUUCCUGAAUUUCUUUCUAUGUCCUGUAUGAUGAAUAUCUAUUUGUUAUACAUCCAUGCAACAACUGAUUGCUGUUACUUUAUUUUUUUUGAUGAUAUGAAGUUAUAUCAUGUUUGAAUAUAUUAUUUUACAGGUAAGUUUGAAACAUAUUUUAUUCUCUCUGGUACUUUAUUUUUUGCAACUUACAUGUUAUAGGUAUGUUGCAAAGUUUCAAAUCAUAAUAUUGAGUUUUAUGAUUUUUGAUCUCCAACUGACUUCUUCCUUCUAAGGAAUAUAUCUUUCAAUUUGUCAUUUUUCAAUGGUUAUCAUGUUUUACUUUUGCAGUUUUCAAAGCCUUAUCUUUGAAUUUAUCCUCGAUCUCAUGUAGCGCCUUUCCCUUGGUUUCCGGUAAAUAAAAACAAACGAAAACUGUCGCAACUGUCGCCACGACACUGUAAGUCAAAAAAGUCCCACUGGUCCCCAAUUCUGCCAACAUCCCCGGGCUGGUUUUAACCACGGUAAAAAAUGCCGUAAAUGCCAUAAACGAAGAAAUUCCACUACCAAUACUCCUUGUUUUCAUAGGAAACACUUCUCCAAUCAUGGCCCAUGGUAAAGGCACAAAACCCACGGAAACGAAUGCUAUGUAAGCUACAAGCGAAGUCAUGGGGAUGUAAGUGCCGAAAGUGAGGUUAGGGUAGAACUUUGCGAGGUAUAUCGAAGCGCUAAGAGAGAUGAGUGCUAGGGAUGUCCCUAUUCCGCUUACUAUAGCUAGUGGUCUCCUGCCCAGCCUUCUCAAUAAAAUACAAGCUAAUAUCGACAUCAAAACUCUUAUGGUAUCUACCGUUAGCAUCGCUACAUAUUCGUUCACUCCUUCUCCUAUGGUUUUCUUCAUUAUCGUUACAGUGUAAAAAGUUAUAGCAUUGAUUCCAGCCCACUGAUUGGCUACUAUAAAAACUACAAUGAUGCCAAGCGGUUUCAAGAAUUCCGGUACUAGUAGCUCGUCUAUCCUGUCUCUGAUACUUGUUGCUUGUGACGUAGGCACUUGUUGCUUUUGUCUUUCCAGCAUUAUGGUUAGUUCUUUUUUCGCUUGUUCCGUAUGUCCUCUGCACCAAUAGAACGAUUUUUCCGCUUUUUCUUGGUCUUGCUUUUUGGCUAAAAAUGAUGGAGAUUCGGGUACGAAAAGUAGGAUCAGUUGGCUCGCGAUAGGAAGCAGGGAGCUGAUCAAAGCUGUGGUCCUCCAAUGCAAAAACGUGCCUAGCAAGUGUGACAAAAACAGACCUAAAAAAAUAAAGAAGGAGCAUUAUUUAUAUUUAUGAAGAGAACAUUGUGUAUCGUCGAGUUAUCCCGUUUGUCC